AUGGCAUUCCCACUUGACCAAUCUGAUCUAAUACGUCAUUUACGAACCACUUACUUGGUCUUGAAUGAAGAUUCGGAUUAUGCGAGAAGAAUUAUAAAGCAUUCCCUGUUGCCAAUCCCUAGUAAUGAAAACACUCCAAGAACCCCAUUUUCUGAGUCCCCACCAAUCACUUUUGAGAUUGCUAGACAUAUCAAAAAGUCUGUUCAUAAUGGAUUAAGAUACGAUGACACAUAUAGCUCUCAGCCAAGUUUUAGUACAUCUCCUGCAAAGGCUACCAAAAAAAGGCGGAAAAGAAAAUCAAAGAAAACUGUCAAACUACCUAAGAAUUCAAAAACUAAAAAUGAAGUAAUUUCACCCCCUAGUCUUGAUGAGAAUGAUGGUGCUAUGCUUUUAAAUUCGGGUUCUUUGGAUAAUACUUCUACCGAUUCAAAUAUGGACUAUCCAGUGGGAUCAACCACAGAAUCGGAAUUGACACCAAUAAUAGAGUCUAAAGGAGACGAUAUGAUGAGACUAGAGGAACCCGAUGAAUCAAAUGCAAAUAGUAGUGGUGGUACAACUUUUGGAUUAAGGUAUACAAAGACUAUACGAGGGAGUAGUGGUGGCAGCAAAAAAUCAAGACCGAAAUCGAAAUCAAAAAUACCAAUUGUUAAAUUCUUCCAAUCAGGGAAGGAAAGUGGCUCAGUUUCAGACUCUGAUAGCGAUAGUGAUAGUGAUGUUAACGAUAGAAAGUUGCAACUAUAUCAGAGUGAUAGUAUAAAUUCAACCAAUAAUACUUUGGAGGAAGUUACCACCGAAGAUGGAGAUAUCACUGAGCAGGAAAAUGAGCCAGAGAUCGUUGAAGUCAAUAAAUCACAUAAAAAGACCGAGGAAAAUAGUGAUGUCAUUACAAUAGACAGUGAUUUUGGAGUCCCCGUGAAUUCUCGUGGACAUGUUGUUCAAAAUUAUCAACCAAAGGAUCAAGGAGUGUCUGAUGAAGAGAUUGAAGCUGAAAUUGACGAAGAUUAUGAUUCUGAGGAUUCUGAUGAGUAUGAAUAUGAAUAUGAUGAAGAUGGUGAAGAAGAUUCUAAUGAUUCAGAGUUUACUGAUUUGGAUAAUGAUUCAUUAGUGGGUUCAUCUUUGAUUUUAGAUUCCACCUACAACGAUAAUGGAGGCGAUAGUUUUUCAUUUGUUCGAACAAGUAAUGUUUCGGAAUUUGAUACACAGAAAAGCAGAAAGAAGAAGAAAGCUGAUUCAUUUGAUCAACACACGGUACCAAAAGGUAACACCCUUGUUAGACAAAGGUCAUCUUCUGCUGGUAAUAGCAAGUCAUAUUUAGCGUUAACUGCUUUGAGUUAUAAAAACCCAACAUUUCAGUUUGAGAAAGUUGCUCCUACUAAAGUAGACACUCCCAAGGCUUCCAAAUUGAGUUCACUUAUUCAUUCAAAAUACAAAUCAAACAACAUUAAUCCAUUAAAUUAUUAUUCAUUCGUUGAUGCCAGCUCAUCUUCAGUAAAGCAAACAUUGGUUGAUAUAUUUGUGCCACCUAACACAAAGGCUACAUUGAUAAAAUUGGCCAUGGUUGAGAAUGUGGCUAUUUCUGAUUGUAUUGGGUUUGUUUUGCUUAAUCUUUGUAAAUUGCCGGAGCUGAAUAGUAUCAAAGAUUUAGACUACCUCAAUCCGAAUCAUUGGCGGUUAGAGCUAGUUGAUGAAGAUGGUGAAAAUUAUGGAUCAUUUGGUGUUUUGGAUCGUACGAGAUUACUUUCAUCAUAUAAUAAUCCGAAAGAAUUGGCAAUUUGUCGAAUCACUGAUUAUAAUGAAAUCAAGAAAAAUGAUUUACAGUCUCCAUUGCCCGUUGAAGUAAAGAAAGAUCUUGAAGCAUUGCAACGCAAACGACACAGUAUUAAUCAAAUUGUGGAAAGUGGAAUUGAAGAAUCUACUGGGGAGAAAAUUGAGUUUCAAAUUGGAGUAUUUGAGUAUGAUGAUGAUGGAUUACCAAGAAAGGAACUGAUAAAAGUACCUAGUGAGUAUACCAUGGGUCAAGUAUUGAAAGAGUUUUGCGCUCAGCAAGGGUUAAUUUUAAUAAAAUAUCGAUUUCGAUUAGUGGAUCAAAGUACAGGACAAAGUAGAUUUGUUAAGGAUGUUGAAAAAUGUGGUGAUUUAAAACAAAGAACGUUAGAAUUGAUACCUCUGGAUACUAAAUUGAACCUGAUCAUGAAUGCUAGUUAUGAUGUUGGUAUGAUUGAAGCAAGAAUAACACCGCUGGACUUUACAUUACCAAAUAUCACACCUACAGUAGAACAAAUGGAUGAUAAGAUGCAAAAAUUGAAUUUGAAGGAUACCCAUAAACCAACAAAUACACUAAUACCAAAAGAAGACAAGAAAGCAUCUUCAUUUAAUUCGACUAAUGCUAUUAAACAAGCUAUCACGUCUAAUAGAUAUCUUGAGAAUAUUUUCACGGGCGAUAAUCCAGCGUUACCGAUUAACUUAAACACAAUUUAUUUCAAGUGGAAAGUAUUGAAAAAUAACAGUAAAAUGAAAAUCAAAAAUUUUAGUGAAAAGAAUUUCAUUAUCGAUGGAGAUUAUAUUCAUUUGACACCACCUGAUGAUUUGACCAUGAAUAUGCCACCUGAAUCGUCAGUGAUAAAUAUAAAUGGUCAUAAUCAUACUCAUCAUCAUAAUUAUUUGAAUCAUCAAUUCAAUCGAGCUCAUAAUAAGACUCUGACGAAAACCUAUUCUUUCCAUAUAACUCAAAUACUCAAACUAAAGAAGUACGUUAAAAAUCCUAAUUAUUUUAGAAUCAUCAUUCAGAGUCAACAACUGAUGACCGAAAAUAAUGAGGUACUUAAUUCUACUAAGGAGGUCCCUACAAAGAAAUUUUAUCUUAUAGCUAUAAAUGAACAGGAAUGUCUGGAGAUCAUAAGUAAAUUGAAAUGGGUCUUACAAGUGUAUAAUUUUUCUAGUGGUGGGUUAUAA